CAGCUGGGCUGGGCUCCACUGGCAGAGAGAAACCCCGGCCAGGGAUGGGAGCCCCCAGGGACCUGGUCACCCACAAGCAUUACAGUGUCCCUGGAAGUGUUCAAGGCUGGGUUGGAUAGGGCUCUGAGCAGUCUGGUCUAGGGGUGACAUCCCUGCCCAUUGAAGAUGAUUCGGUACUAGCUGAUCUCUAAGGUCCUUUCCAGCACAAGCCACUAUGUAAACAUAUGAUUCAAUGGGUACUCACCCACAUUCUCCCCUGGUACAGUGGGGUAUAAAUACCCUAAGGAUGCAAAUAUCUGAGCAAAAUCAAGCUGUUGGGGGGCCCAGCUGCAGCUCAUCCCCGUAGUCGGGGCAUAAAGCAGCAAUCACAACUCUCCACCCCCUGCUCUUCUCUUGCACAUCCAACACCAGCCUGCAUUUUUCAAGGCUGGCAGGGAGGUUGGAGGGCACAUGCCUGGAGUAACCAUAUCUCUGUGCUAGCACAGCUGAAAAUGCAGAGAGGGCAGGAGUGAAUGGGAACAGGAGUGUCCAGGGACCAGGAAAGAAGGAGUUACAGAAGCCAUGCCCCAGAACAGCCCUGGAGACCUACAGUGUCACAUAGCAACACUUAACCUUCCAGGAGCACAACAGGUUUGUUCCAGGAGCACAACAGGUUUGGCUCUGCUCACAGCAACUUGCGAGACAAAGAUUGAUCCUGGGCAGUGACAUCCACCGGAGACAAGUUCCCUGAGUUUACUCUGGAAGGACAGGAGUGGGACUAAGGGCCACCCCUAUGGCUGAGCAGCCCUUCCCAGAGACAGCCCUGCUAGCUCAAGUGCUGGCUGCAGACAACACUGAAGCCCCUUCUCUCCGCACUACACGCCGUGGGUCCCAGCCCCCAGCCGGGGGCAGCGAGGACAGCAAACCACCACCCCUGCUCUCCCGCCGCAACUCCAUCCUCAGCCGCCGCAGCUCAUUCGGGAUGGUUCCAGGGAGCAGGCGUCCCUCCAUUGGCCCUUGGAUGCUCCACAGACGUGUUAGCUUCUCUGGGCUCCCAAUUUUCCAGCCCAUACUCAAGACCCGCCUUCAAAACACUUACAGGAUAGGGCCAGACAAAGGCUGCAAGUUUGAUGCGGAGCAGGUGCAGCGUGUGCUGGAGGGGACCCUGGCCUGUGCCUUGGGGACCACUGUAUACAAUCCCCAGGGCAGUGCCUCACUUGCCCAGAGCCUGACUGAGCUGCUGCAGAACCAGGCCAAGGAAGUGGUGCCACCCCGCUACAAGCUAGUCUGCCACGUGGUGUUGGGCCAGCAGGGCCAGCAGAGCUUGUUGGUGGCCAGUCAGGGACUAUGGGACCCUGAGACUGACAGCUUUGCCUCUGCCACCUUCUCCAACACCUCCCUCUUUGCUGUGGCCACAGUGUAUGGGGUCUACUUUGAGUAGCACGUGCCUCUGCAUCCACCCAGUCUUGCAGAGCUGUAGGGAGAGAGCAACUGAAAUAAAGAGGUUUUGUCCAGCCGUGUGUCAUACCAGGAGUCUUGAACCAGGGUGUGUGCAGGAGCAAGAUAGGGAUGCUCACUCCAGCCUUAGCUCACACCCACGCUGCAGUUCCCACUA